ACGCGGGCAGCCAGCGAUGGCCGCGGAGGGGGCGAAUUGGGUGCUGACCCUCGGAGGCUGACGGAAGGCGGUGGCUGAGGAGCGGCGCCUCUGGUUGAGCGCUCGCCGUAUGUCCCGCACCUGUGUGACCUGCCGCCGCCGCCCAGUAAGCACAGCACCGCACCGCACAUCUCAAGUCGGACUGGCUGCAUUUCAAGGGCUCAGCCAUCACACGUUACCAGUCACUACUGCAUCAGACUGUGCAGUGCUGGAUGGGGAGUCAGAAGAGAAACCAGGCUCCUUCAGGAAGGAGGCGGGGAUCUGUCCCCCUUGGCGUCCCCAGUGCCCCGCAUGGGGGGCCUGGCACCCAUGAGGCAGUCGAAGCUUGCGGACCAGAUGAACAAGCAGUGAGCCCUACCUUCGAGGGCCUGUCUUGAGGACACCAGGUACAGCCACGUGUCCCCUGGGGGCAAAAUCGACCCCAGAUGACAACUGCACUUUCCCCGAACAGAGCUUCCAGGUCACGUCUGGGAUGGAAGAGCUUGGCAUACAGCCUGGCGGGCAUCAGCUCACUUGACCCAGUGGAUAUUGGACCCCAGGUGGCCCUGUUAUUUGUCCAGGUGCCCAGGGAGGAGGACCCACCCGCAGCAUGAACCUGUGGCUCCUGGCUUGCCUGGUGGCCGGCUUCCUGGGAGCCUGGGCCCCCACUGUCCACACCCAAGGUGUCUUUGAGGACUGCUGCCUGGCCUACCACUACCCCCUUGGGUGGGCUGUGCUCCGGCACGCCUGGGCUUACCGGCUCCAGGAGGUGAGCGGGAGCUGCAAUCUGCCUGCUGCAAUAUUCUACCUCCCCAAGAGACACAGGAAGGUGUGCGGGAACCCCAAGAACAAGGAGGUGCAGAGAGCCAUGAAGCUCCUGGAUGCUCGCAAUAAGAUUUUUGCAAAGUUCCGCCACAACACGCAGACCUUCCAAGCAGGCCCUCAUGCUGUAAAGAAGUUGAGUUCUGCAAACUCCAAACUACCAUUGUCUAAGUUUAGCAAUCCCACCAGCAGCAGCAAGAGGAAUGCCUCCCUCCUGACAUCAGCUAAUUCAGGACUGUGAGCCGACUCAUUUCUGGAAUCCACUGGCACAGGAGGGGCCAGAUCUUUCUCCACUAAAACCAUUGCCCUACAGACCCAGCUGUCCCCACGCCUCUGUUUUUUGGGUCGUCUUAAUCCCUGCACCUGGGUUGGUCCUCCCUGUCCACCCCCACCACCUUCUGUCCCUCUGGCAACUGGAAAGAGAGAGUUGACCUGAUUUUAAGCCUUUUGCUGCUCCAGGGACCAGCGUCAACCCUGGGUAGCCAGUGUCUCUUGUAGAGAAGACUUAGGAUACCUCUCUCACUUGCUAUUUCUUGCCACCCACCCUGGGCCAUCCCAGUGUGUCCCUCUGGGUCCCUGCAAAACUCUAGUCAGUUCAAGGAUGCCCCUCCCAGGUUAUGCUUUUCUAUAACUUUUAAAUAAACCUCGGGCAGUGAUGGAGUCA